AUGCACAUCCCUCUGACCCUUCUCUGUGCCGCUCUGAUGGCAGCUGGUUCCACAGGUCGCUCCUCGAGGAGAGCCUCCGUCAGAAACACCAUAUACGACAUCAAGAAUAUGGUUCAGACGACUCAGGUCCACAUCAAGUUGGUGAGGAGACAGCUGUCGGUGUUCCCGCUGAUAGAAGUCAGCACUCCCUCUAUCGAUGGACUCGCCAGCAUCAGCCACGAGCUGGGCCUCUUGGACAUAGAGCUGCAGAAUCCCUUCACCAACCUCGUCAGCCAGGUCCAGACCGACGUCUCCAGCUUGGAGGGACGGGUACGUGCCCUGGCCCAGAUCUUGGACUGCCCCGUCGGGUCCCGACCCAGCGGGGACACCGCAGACAAUCAGUUCCCGGAGAGUCAGCUGUACCUGACGCUGACGAAGGUGCAGCUCUACAUGGAGAUGCUGCUUCUCAAGGAGGACAAGCUCAAGGUCUGCUGA